CAGUGCAGACUUCUUGACCCUCCCUCCACAGUGCAGGCACACUAAACUGUGUGGAAGUAUCACAUUUUAGGUGCCUUACAGACUGAUGCAAUAAAUACAAUGCAUGAAUGAAUAAAGAAAUAAAGAAAAGAAGCGAACAGAUCGCCAGAUCUGUGUAUUCAAUGACGAUGACGUCACCACGAGGCGCUCUCCCACUGAACGGACAUGAUGAUUUCGAAUCACUAAGCCAAGCAGCGAGCCGACCCGAUUUAUCUCCAAUGUCAUGGUGCCGUCACGUGACAAUCAAAGUCGCGCCUGCGCGUCGUACUUCUCCUACCACUUUACGCACUUGUUCAGUGUCUGGAAUGUGUGCAGAUUAUUGGUGCACGACGCGAGGAGACCCUCGUUUGGACCGUCAUCAUGCCCUUGGCUUCUAAAGCAAAUGAGUCCAAAAUGGAUGGACGGAUGGAUGGAAGUUACCAGAUCAACUCGGUGCAUUUCCAGGAUCAGUGCCCACCUCUCCCCUCGCCUCGCUUGGGUAACCACAUCAUCAACGCGGGCAAUGGCCGCAGUGUGGGCACAACCAUUUCCUUGCAGUGCCCAACCAAACACAGGCUGGUAGGAGGUGAGCUCAAGUGUGUCAUGGAUGCCAACAGGCCCCGCUGGGUGGGGGAACCCUCCUGCAAACCUUUGUCUCUGUACAAAGACAGUGGUUUCCGAGUGGCUGUUCUUGCAUCCAUUGUCAGUAUUGGCAUAAUAUUCAUCAUGUCUAUGAUGUUCCUCACCUGCUGUAUUUUGGAUUGCGUCCAAAAGAAUACGAGAAAAAAGCGGGGCAGGGAUUCUUUCAAAAGACAUUUGGAGGACGGCAUGUCCUGCUAUAGCCUUGAAGGCGGAUGUGACAUUGACAUCCCAGAGAACCUCUGUGACAACAGUCCUCCUCAAUGGUUCACCUAUGGUCUCGGUCAAACAAACGCCCCCACGCCUCCACGUCCCUCUGGAUUCUAUGAUAACCAACAUCCGAUCCCUCAAAAAUCUGAUUGUGUACAGGUCUUAGGUCCACCUCAUUACAUCGCUAUUUCACCAUGUUGCAAGUGUUCAAGCUCAGGUCUGGUUCAGAUCCCCACUGAAGAAACUGAUUUGGUUUGGCAGCCUUACAGCCAGCAGCUACGUUCAACACAAAGGAAUCCUUGAAUUACAAAUAUGUCAAAAACAACAACAAGGUGGGAAUACAGUGAAGCCUUGCUCUUUGCAGGAGUUUGGGACCAAGCCCAAAAGUAAUGGAUACCGUGCCGGAAAAUGUUUGAAAUUUGCCUAUAUUAAUAGUUUUAACCCCAUACUAUGAUCCCAAAACACUUCACCAUUUCAAACUCAUCUUACAUGAUCCUUAAAAAUACAUUGCUGACAGAUCACUUGAUACAAAGUAAAUUGCACCAAAUGUAGUACAAGUAUGCUGCUGUGCAGUAUGUCUCCAUGUCAGAACCUCUCACUUCUGAAAUACAUUUAUUGCAAAUGACCCCAUUUUUAGUUUGGCAUUUACUAUACCUUACAUUGAGCAGCUAGCCAACGCUCGAGCGGACCUUCCUCUCCAUUAUCGAGAGAGGCUUUCCACUGGGUGGCACGCUGCUUUCUAUAGCAUCAACCACACAAGCAGCCUCGUCACACUGUCGGACCUCUACUGGACUUUUCAUCACUCUGCUGUUUGCUGUCAAGACUGCCAGUUAUCAGCUCGUGGCCAAUCCUAGCUACUCCUCCAACAUGGCGACUGUUAAGACGGCGCAUGGCGUUUGGGAGGGGUCUAAUAGGGUGUUACAAGAAGAGCACAAAAUACGAAGAUAAGCGCCAGUCGAUGAACUCUUCAAUCAAUAGUCGCUAAUUCGGUUCUUCAGAAUAAAAUCACGAGAAGGUGAGUUCGGCAGGGGUUAACUGUAUUUUCUGCGAACAACUUUGUGUUACAAGUCAAAAGGCAAAAUCUACCAUUUACAGGGUGAAUAGCGUACUCUAUGAGCCUUAUGCAAAUUAAAAGACUCCCACAUCCUCAUGCCUGAAAUAGAAGCCAUUAGAAGUACUGUACUGUAUAUUUAUAUCAGUUUAUUGUACUGUGUGUGUGCGCUUUACAUAUACAUAUAUAUAUAUAUAGCUCCCUUCUCAAAUUCAUAUAUUUUUGCAUAGUUUGCAUAGUAGUCAUCAAACUGGUGAUUUCAUUUAUUAAGGGGGGGAAAAGUAUUCAAAGUUACCUGGCCCUGUGUAAAAAAAAUGUAAUGGCCCCCUAAACCUAGGAACUGGUUGGGGCAUCUUCAGCAACAACAACUGAAAUCAAGCAUUUUCUAUAUGUGGCAAUGAGUCUUUUACAUCUCUGUGGAGCUAUUUUGGUCAUCUCUUUCUUGCAGAAUUGGUUGACUGAUAAAAAUGGAGGGUUUUCGAGCAUGAACGGCCUUUUUAAGGUCACGCCACUGACCUUAAAAUUCAAGGAUUCAAAUCUGGACUUUGACUGGGCCGCUCCAAAACCUUCAUUUAGUUUUUUGAAGCCAUUCAGAAAUUGACUUGCUGGUGUGUUUUGGAUCGUUGUCUUGCGGCAUAACCCGAGUGUGCUACAGCUUGAGGUCACGAACUCAUGGCCGAACAUUCUCCUUCAGGAUUUUCUGAUAAAGAGCAGAAUUCAUUCUUCCAUCAAUCACACCAAGUUGUCCAGGUCCUUAAGGAGAAGCAGCCUGAGACACUACCACCACCAUUUGACUGUUGGUAUGUUCUUUUUCUGAAAUGCUGUGCUACAUUUACUCUAGAUGUAACGGGAAACACACCUUCCAAAAAACUCAACUUUCAUCUCGUCAGUCCAUAUAAUACUCUCCCAAAAGUCUUGUGAAUCAUUCAGGUGUUUUUGCAAAAGUAAGAUGAGCCUUUAUGUUCCUUUUGGUCAGCAGUGGUUUUCGCCUUUGAACUCUGCCAUGAAUGCCAUUUUUUGCCCAGUCUCGUCCUUAUUGUUGUGUCAUGAACAUUAAAGUGAGAAAACUAUGAAA